AUACCAUCUCCACCAGAUGAGCGCGGACGCACUGAAUGCUUCUGUAUAACAUCACAGAAGCCUUCAGUAUCUUUACUGACUGAUACAAGCGUUUCUGUUUGUUUUAUGUGAUAUUAUUCUUGGAUUUCAGCACUCCAUUAUCCUUCGCGACCGGUUCUGCUACCCCAAAACUACCGAAGAGGAAGGUCUUCCCAACACCCCUCCAACCCUAAACCUCACCUCUGGAUAUGACAAAGAUUCCUGGAGACAGUUCCUGAGCGGAAAACAUAUCACAGAAGACCCACAUAUUGUAAAAGGCUCGACUGUGCCGCGCGAGGGGCGGAAUGGCGUUGUGGAAAGGACUCUUUAAGAUUCUUGUAUGUGCACCCUGGUUGCGAUAAAGAGAAAAGAGCCACACCAAGACCUUCUGCAGAAGCACAAAGGAUAAUACACGCAGACAACGGGGGGCAUUUUCGUCGUCAGACCGCGUUAAGAUGCGCUGUUUUUCAGCACGCGAGCGGGCGCAUGCCAUGCUGUAGCGCUGCGUAGCCAAAUGGCACGAGCCAGCGCGACCGAAUCGCUUUGACGUUCGCGGAGGACAAGACGUAUGAUGAUGAGCGGCAGCUGCCGUGGGACCAGUCUGCUUGUCCCGAUGCGUUCUCCACUCUCUGUCCGGUUCGCCUUCACUCUUCCUCGCACACACCUGCACGUCUUCGCUGUCUCUGUUCUGGGAACGCACGUAGGUAAAUAGAACCGCGUCAGGCGUGGGAACAAUGGAGUUGUCUGAGGUUCGCUGUUCCAGCGCCAGCGAGGAGCUGUACACCAUCAACAAAACCCCCAGCAACAACGGGAACCGACCGAAGCGCCUGCUGUGGCAGAAUGCCGUGCGACACAUCACCGAGCAGCGAUUCAUUCACGAGCACAGCCCGAAACCCGUCUCACCGGACGAGCCUCACGCGGAGGGCUCGCGCAAACAAUCCGCCGGCAGGACGUCGGUGAGCGACCGGCAAAACAACGGCGGCACUAAAGUCUUCCCCGAGCGCUCGAGCAGCGACCUGGGUUUCCUGCAGAUCGACUGCGCGCCCAGCAACUCCGACUUCUUCCUGAGCUGGGGCUACACGUACCGCGGGGUCAUCUUCCCCACGCUGCGCUACGCCUUCAAGUCCAGGGACCUCGAGCGCCUGUACCAGCGCUACUUCCUGGGCCAGCGACGGAAGUCGGUGGUGGUCAUGAACAUUCUGGACGUGGUGACCAAGCUAACCCUGCUCGUGCUGCACCUGACCCUGGCGUCCACUCCGAUGGACCCGAUCAAAGGAAUGCUGCUCGGCUUCUUCACGGGCAUCGAGGUGGUCAUCUGCGCUCUGGUGGUGGUGCGCAAGGACACGAGCUCGCACGGAUACCUGCAGUACAGCGGUGUGGUGACCUGGGUCGCCAUGGCCACACAGAUCCUCGCGACGGGACUGGGCUACGGCUUGCUCGGGGAUGGGAUAGGGUACGUGCUCUUCACGCUCUUUGCCACCUACAGCAUGCUGCCGCUGCCUCUCACCUGGGCCAUCGUGGCGGGACUGCUGACCUCCGCGCUGCACAUCGCGAUCCAGCUGCUGGUGCCCCCUCGAGCGCAGAGCUCCACGAAUCAGCUGUUAGCUCAGGUGCUGCUGUUCUUAUGUAUAAACACUGCAGGGAUGUUUAUCAGCUACCUGUCAGACCGCGCCCAACGACAGGCCUUUCUGGAGACACGCAGGUGCAUCGAGGCACGUCUCCGCCUGGAGACCGAGAACCAGCGACAGGAGCGUCUGGUCUUGUCGGUGCUGCCGCGCUUUGUAGUGCUGGAGAUGAUUAACGACAUGACCAAUGUGGAGGACGAGACCCUACAGCACCAAUUUCACCGCAUCUACAUUCACCGCUAUGAGAACGUGAGUAUUCUCUUUGCUGAUGUGAAGGGCUUCACCAAUCUUUCCACCACACUCUCCGCUCAGGAACUCGUUCGAAUGCUCAACGAACUCUUUGCACGCUUUGACCGACUGGCACACGAGCAUCAUUGUCUGAGGAUCAAGAUACUGGGGGAUUGUUAUUAUUGUGUUUCUGGCCUUCCCGAGCCUCGACUGGAUCAUGCCCACUGCUGUGUUGAGAUGGGCCUCAGCAUGAUCAAAACCAUCAGGUAUGUGCGCUCACGAACAAAGCAUGACAUAGACAUGCGCAUCGGCAUCCACUCUGGCUCAGUUCUUUGCGGAGUUCUUGGUUUGCGGAAAUGGCAGUUUGACGUCUGGUCUUGGGAUGUCGACAUAGCCAACAAACUGGAGUCAGGGGGAAUACCUGGGAGGAUCCACAUCUCUAAAGCGGCUCUAGACUGUCUGAACGGUGAUUAUGAGGUGGAGGAGGGUCAAGGUAAGGACCGUAACGACUUCCUGCGCAGGCAUAACAUCGAGACCUUCCUGAUCAAGCAGCCAGAGGAGAGCUUACUCACACUACCGGAGGACAUCAUGAGAGAUUCCACCAACCAAUCAGAUCACAGAACGUCUAACACUUCCUUCACGGAGGGAACAUGGAGCCCUGAACUUCCCUUCCAUAACAUAGUGGGCAAACAGAAUACUCUGGCUGCACUCACACGUCACUCCAUUAACCUGCUCCCCAACCACCUGGCUCAAGCCCUGCAUGUGCGCGCCGGCUCACAGGAAAUUAACGCUCGCAUGCAGAGCGCCAUCGCCCUGCGCAGCGGGGACAAGCUCCGCCAAGAACAUAUCUCCCCCUUCUCUCUCACCUUUAGAGAAGCACUGCUGGAGCACAAGUAUUCCCAGAUGCGAGACGAGGUGUUUAAGUCUAAUCUAGUGUGUGCCUUCAUUGUUCUCUUCUUCAUCACUGGAAUACAGAGCUUACUUCCCUCAGCAAGGAUGGUCACUAUGGUGAUACAGUUCUCCGUCCUCAUCUUGCUGCACUGUUGCCUUGUUGUCGUGACAACAGCGGAGGACUAUAAGUGUUUGCCGCUGGUUUUGCGAAAAGCAUGUUGCUGGGUGAACGAAACGUACGCUGCACGGAACGUUGUCAUCUUCCUCUCCAUCCUCAUCAACUUUCUGGCUGCCAUGAUUAACAUACUUUGGUGUGAUUUCGACAAAUCCGGCUCAUUCAGGAACCAGACGUUUAAUGCAUCUGCCUCAAUCCCUGAUAUCUGCUUCUACCCAGAGUAUUUCGUGUUUACUGGAGUGUUGGCUAUGGUGACGUGUGCAGUGUUCCUCAGACUGAACUCGGUUCUGAAGCUGGCCAUCCUGCUGAUCAUGAUCGCUAUCUACACAGUGCUGACAGAGGCCUUCUACACACCACUGUUCAUCCGCUAUGACACACUUACACUUAAUCAGAGCAAAAGCUUCCUGGGAACCAAGGAAACGUCUCUGCUUCUCAUGGCGAUGUUCCUUUUAGCUGUGUUCUACCACGGCCAACAGCUGGAGUAUACCGCUCGUCUGGACUUCCUAUGGCGUGUACAGGCAAAGGAAGAGAUAAAUGAGAUGCGAGAGCUGCGUGAACACAAUGAGAAAAUUCAUUGGACCCACAUUUCUGAGCUCUACUCGCAGUCCUAUGAUGCGGUGGGAGUGAUGUUCGCCUCCAUUCCAGGCUUUGCUGAUUUUUACUCGCAGACUGAGAUGAAUAAUCAGGGUGUGGAGUGUUUGCGGCUGCUCAACGAGAUCAUCGCUGAUUUUGAUGAGCUGUUGGGGGAGGAACGCUUUCAGGACAUCGAGAAGAUAAAGACCAUCGGCAGCACAUACAUGGCCGUGUCAGGACUGUCUCCUGAGAAACAACAAUGUGAGGAUAAAUGGGGGCAUCUGUGCGCGCUGGCUGAUUUCGCCAUUGCUCUGAAUGAAAGCAUUCAGGAGAUCAACAAACAUUCGUUUAACAACUUCCAGCUCAGAAUCGGUAUGGCGCAUGGCUCUGUGGUGGCUGGAGUGAUUGGCGCUAAAAAGCCGCAGUAUGAUAUUUGGGGGAAGACAGUCAAUCUGGCAAGUCGCAUGGACAGCACAGGUGUCAGCGGAAAGAUCCAGCUCCCAGAGGAGACCUACGGCAUCCUGAACGAGCGCGGCUUCGCCUUCGAGUACCGAGGCGAGAUCUACGUGAAGGGAAUCAGCGAACAGGAAGGCAAGAUCCGCACGCACUUCCUGCUGGGCCGCGUGCAGCCCAACCCGCUCAUCCUGCAGCCGAGGAAGCUCACGGGCCAGUACUCGCUCGCCGCCGUGGUGCUCGGCCUGGUCCAGUCCCUCAACCGGCAGAAACAGAAGCAAAUCCUCAAUGAAAACAACAACUCAGGCAUCAUGAAGGGCCACUACAACCGCAGAACCCUGCUGGCGCCGGGCGGCUCGGACACCAACCACGCCGAGGUCACGGACAAGAGCGAGCUGGCCUAGAGGACGGGGAAAACAAACUGCGUACUUAACCAAAAGACUGAGCUGUACUUCAGACUGCUGUCACUGACUGUCUCUCUUGCUUUCUGUGUUUCUUUUUGUAUUUCUUUUGUAUUUGAGAAACAAUA